GCGCGCGCGAGGGGCGCUAUCGUGAAUGGAUGUAUGUUGAGGGUUGUUCGGCGGGACAAUAAUCUUAUAGCUGGCGGUCGGGCAGUGAGGGUGGCCGUCUGAAGUCCGCGCCGCCGCCGUCAUGACGUCCAUCAUCAAGGUGCAGACGCUGACCGGCGCCGACGGCGAGACGCCCCACUGCCACCUGCUGCAGGUGGACGAGUGCCGCUUCCUGUUGGACGCGGGCUGGGACGAGAACUUCAACCUCGCCUACCUCAAGGACGUGCGCAAGCACAUCAACCAGAUCGACGCCGUGCUGCUGACGUUCCCCGACCAGGCGCACCUGGGCGCGCUGCCUUACCUCUUCGGCAAGUGCGGCCUCAGCUGCGCGGUGUACGCCACUGUGCCCGUCUACAAGAUGGGCCAGAUGUUCCUGUACGACCAGUACCAAUCGCGCCACAACACCGAGGACUUCGACGUGUUCACGCUCGACGACGUGGACUCGGCGUUCGACAAGAUCGUGCAGCUCAAGUACAACCAGAGUGUAGCGCUGAAGGGGCGCGGCCAGGGCCUGACCAUCACGCCGCUGGCCGCCGGUCACAUGAUCGGCGGCACCAUGUGGAAGAUCGUCAAGGACGGCGAGGAGGACAUACUCUACGCCGUCGACUUCAACCACAAGAAGGAGCGCCACCUGAACGGCUGCGACCUGGAGCACGUGUCGCGGCCGUCGCUGAUGAUCACCGACGCGUACAACGCCACCUACCAGCCGGCGCGGCGGCGGCAGCGCGACGAGCAGCUGAUGACCAUCAUCUUGCAGACGCUGCGCGGCGGCGGCAACGUGCUGGUGGCCAUCGACACGGCCGGCCGCAUGCUGGAGCUGGCGCACAUGCUCGACCAGUUGUGGCGCAACAAGGACUCUGGUCUCAUGACCUACUCGCUGGCGCUGCUCAACAACGUCAGCUACAACGUGGUCGAGUUUGCCAAGUCGCAGAUCGAGUGGAUGAGCGACAAGCUGAUGCGCAGCUUCGAGGGCGCGCGCAACAACCCGUUCCAGUUCAAGCACAUGCAGCUGUGCCACUCGCUGGCCGAGGUGAACCGCAUCCGCGGCCCGAAGGUGGUGCUGGCCAGCUCGCCGGACCUGGAGUGCGGCUUCUCGCGCGAGUUGUUCGUGCAGUGGUGCACGAGCGCCAAGAACCACGUGAUCCUGACGUCGCGCACGAGCAGCGGCACGCUGGCGCGCGAGCUGGUGGCCAACAAGCGGCGCGCGCUCUCGCUGCAGGUGAAGCAGCGCGUGCGCCUGGAGGGCGCCGAGCUCGAGGAGUACCGGCGCCGCCAGCUGGAGGCCAAGCGAGCGCGCGCGCUCGAGCUGGCUGGCGACGUCGACUCGAGCGACGAGUCGGACGCCGGCGAGGCGCCGCUGACCGCCGACGGCCACGCGGAGCACGACCUGGUGCUCACCAACGGCAAGCCCAACCCGCUUUUCUACAAGUCGAGCAAGCGCCAGCACCCCGUAUUUCCGCACGUGGAGGAGCGCAUCAAGUACGAUGACUACGGUGAGCUCAUCCGCGCCAACGAGUUCGCCGUGGCUGAGGAAGAGGCCAAGCCGGAGCCGGUGCCGGAGGAGGUCGAGCCGGCGGACCGCGAGAUGCAAGACGUGUCGACGGUGCCGUCCAAAUGCCUCGCCUACUACCGCACCUUCAACGUCGCCGCCGGCGUGACGUACAUCGACUUCGAAGGCCGCACGGACGGCGAGAGCCUUUACCGCAUUCUGGAGCAGCUGCGGCCGCGCCGGCUCGUGCUGCUCCGGGGCACCGACGACGUCGUCCAGCCGCUCAUCCCCAGGUUCUCGCAGGUGGCGGAAAAGGUCCUGGUGCCUCGUGCCGGCCACCCAGUGGACGCCACCACGGAGUCGCACAUUUACCAGGUGCGGCUACGCGACUCGCUGGUCUCCUCGCUCACCUUCUCCAAGGGCCGCGACGCCGAGGUGGCCUGGCUGGACGGCGUGGUCACCAUGGCAACCGACCAGCGACGCUCGGACGUGACGGCACCGGCCGCUGACGUCGCCAUGGAGACGGAGGAGGACGCCGAUGAGCCCAUUCCGACGCUGGAGCUGCUGCCGGCCGACCAAGCGCCGAGCCACCCUACCGUGUUCAUCAACGAGCUGCGCCUCUCGGACUUCAAGCAGGCGCUGGUACGACUGGGCAUCGCGUCCGAGUUCUCCGGCGGUGUACUGUGGUGUUGUAACGGCACGGUGGCGCUGCGUCGCCAGGAGCAGGGCCACAUCACCAUCGAAGGCUGCCUGUCGGACGACUUCUUCCAGAUCCGCGAGCUGCUGUACGGCCAGUACGCCAUCGUAUGAGGCCGACCGGCGGAUAGGCCGCGGUGCGGGUCGUGGGGCGGCGAGCGUGGACGCGUCCCGUCGGCCAACAGCUGUGAUUAGACAACGGCGCGUCGAGGCGUGCUCGGAGCGUGCGGAGGUGGCGCCCCCUGAGCGGCUCACAGAGUGCCCCAGGGGGCCAGAGGCCGGCACCGAAGACGCGCUUUCGAACUGGUGCUUGUCAGCGUCGUUGGUGUUUGCAGACAUCACUUGCCACGAUAGCAAUGCUGGGACGUGACCAGGUGCAUGAAGAACGGGCCGACUGCUGAUGGUGAUGUUGGCUCAUGUGUUGCACUGCUGCGAACGCUGACGUGUGUAAUGGGUUCCGGGCUUCUUUGCGAUCCUGCGCUGCCUCAGUUCCGUUGGGUUAUGUUGAUCUCUGACAACUCGAGGACGCUCGCGGACUAUGUGAAUGCAAUUGCUCCGGAUGAUCUGGACAUCGUGCGUGCAGAAUACACGCCGGACUUACAGGGAGA